AUGCACUUCACAUGGUUAUUCAUACUAUCUGCUAUCUCAUUGAGUAAACUAGUCAGAACUCAAUUACAAGAUUCCUUCUUCGCCAACAAAGACCAGACGUCACCUUUGCUGAGCCAAAUGCAGUUUGCGAACUUCGAAACGCCAAGAGUAAGACUUUUCAAUUGAUUUCACUUCGAAGUAUCUCAAGCUCGUUAAAACUUUGAACACGGUGGUGCGAUUUUAAAUUUUCCUGUUUUUCAUUAUUCAGUUUCCCAGUUCUACCAUACAUGAGUAUUGAUUUUAAUUUAGGAAAUCCCAUAUAUAUAUAUAUAUAUAUAUAUAUAUAUAUACAACGCAAGGGGGUAGUAAUAACAGAAAGCUAAUAAGGUUUUUAACUCCAGGAGGCGAAAUUGACUUUAAUUCAAGAAAAACCUAGGAGGAGGGGUCGUUAAAAAAUAUGUAUGGUUUUUUUAAACUUAUUUUUAUGAAUCUUUCUGAUAAAUCCUACUUUGAUUGAAAAAUGAACUUAUACGGAGUUAAUUCGUGAAGAACGAGUACUGAUAAUCUUUAAAGAAACUUUAUCUUGCUAGAUAUGAAUUCAUAAAACUUUUUUUGAGGACCCUUUGCCGGAAGUUGAUGCUCAUCGCAUAAUCGGUCCGAUAAUCUCCCCGUUCAUGGAUAUGUUCGAUCAGAUGCAGGAAAACGCCAGAGCGAAAGCAUACGCUGAGAAAAUCCGCAAAGACCGGGAAGACCAUCCAUUGAGCACUUCGAGAAGCUUACUAGAAAUGAUCCAGCGACUGCAGCAGCCCUCGACAACAACCACUCCACAGCCUCCAUUUAUUGAGCGCAUCUUGAAGCCUUACAUCGAGCCGUGGCAGAAGCAACUCGACGACUUCUCCAAGGAUGUCGCCGGUAUCACACUUAUUCCCACCAGCAGCACGACUACGGCAGCACCAACCACGACCACAACGGCUAGCAUUAUCGAAAAGUCUCUAGCCAUGUUCUUUCCUUCGUUGAGAAGGAAAAACACUCAGGCGCCAGCCCCAACGACAACUACUAGCUCUCCGAGGCUCUUCGAUCCGGAUAUGUUCGAUCGGCUCUUCUUCAACAGAAACAAAAGAGAUGUUGAGAUAUUUAAACGAAAGAAACGUCAAGCAGCACAGCUUGGUAAUAGCAUUUUGUCCAUCCCCGGACCUCCAUCCGUUUUUCAGGAAUGGGAAAAGCCAAUUCUAGGUCUGGCUAAUCCUUUCACUCUCAAUCCUUACAUGCAAAUGUUCACUACGCCUAAGCCCAUCGAACUAUCAACACUUCCUAAAAUCCCUGACCGCUACGUCCACGAUCCGAACGCGUUACCACCCAUCAACCCUCAAUUCAAACUACAGGACCCAUUCUAUAAUCCAUUGUUUCCUAACAGAAAAAGCAAAUUUUUCGAUCUGUUAGCUGGCGGAGAAGCAGCUCGUGUAUUAGGUUAA